GAUUAACGCAUCGAUUUCUCUUGAGUGAAUAAAAUCGUCGUGACUUUCAGAAGAAAAAAAUCGCUGGUUGAAAGAUGUUCAUGAGGAGAAAAUUUUUGCGAGCUCAGAAUGUAAAAAGGAUCACACACCUUUCCGGGGGCUUGCUUUUAGUCAUUCUGGGAAUGAAUUUGGCAAAAUGGCUGUAUUUACGGAGAAAUUUCCGCACACAGGAUGAUAUUUGGGUAUCCAAGCAAACCUUAUUCUCGUAUCCAAGAAUAUCCGAUUCAAUUCGCAUAGCUUGCAGUCAAUUCAGAUUACCGCUCUGGGGAGAAGUGUUUCAGAGUUACAGGAAGUCCUUCCCCAGGAAACAUCCGGACUGUUCUGAGUUUCGCUCUUGGAUCUCUAUUCUCGGCGAUAAGGUUGUAAUAUUGAAUAGUGUGGGUGAUCAAGUCACUUGCAACUUUUCUGAAAUUUUGCGGAUGGAAGAGGGUUAUUACAUUAUGCUGCCGGUCGUCAUGAGCAAUUCUUCCUACAGCUUGAGGUUCACGGAUGUCUUGCAAGUCAAAUGCCGCAAUUCGUCAUCGCAAAAAGAGUGGGCAGAAGUUAUCUACGCCGCAAGGAAAAAUCCAGCCAUUGUGACUACGUCAACGAAUCGCACUCCGGAUUUUACAGAAACACUGCGGCAGGAACAUAAAUUGCCGCCGAAAGUGGAAUUGAACGUUCUCGUCUGGAUGUUCGAUGGGAUCUCCUCCAGUUUUUUUCUCCGCAAUGUGCCAAAAGCAGCUAGUUAUCUCACGAAUUCCACGGACGGAGUUCUUUUCCGCAACUUCAACACUGUUGGAAGGAAUAGCCUACCCAACAUGAUUCCGUUUUGGACAGAACAUUCCUGCGCUAUUGCGAGACUGACUCAUCCCUUCGUGGACACAGGCAUGAAUCACGCGGAAUGGUUGGAACCAACGAAAGCCAAAACUUUGCACGUUGACGAUUUGCCACCGUUGUUGAUCUCGGACUACUUGCGGUCGGGUUAUGUGACUGCUUUUUAUGAGGAUUUUCAGGUAAUUGACGCAUACGAUUCCAUCUUCAACGAUCCUGGGAAGUAUUGGAUGAUCAGGAACUUCAGGAAACCACCAGCUCACUAUUAUUCUCGGCCAUUCAUGUGCAACAGGUUCAAGCUAUUUAAAAAACCUUCGCCGAAGUGCAUUGGGAAUCUGAGAUCCAGCACACAUGCACAAAACCUUGCCCAAUCUUGGUGGAAGCAGCAUGAGCAGGAAAAUAAAUUCUUUUUCUUCAAUCAAAUGACCUACACCCAUGGGUCCUUGACGGAACUGAAUAUGAUUGACACCGAGCUGGAAGGCUUUUUCGAAUCUUGGAUGAAUUCAGACCAAGUGCGUAAUAACACCAUCGUCAUCAUCAUGUCCGAUCACGGAAACCACGUUCUCCGCAACGAAACUGUAUUGGAAGGCAUGUUAGACCAGAGACUUCCGUGGGUGUUCAUGCUCGUACCUCCGUGGUUCGAUUCAAAAUUUCCCGAGCAAAUGAAAGCAUUGCGAUCGAAUGCUCACGAUCGUCUCGUGACGCUAUACGACGUACACGCGACGUUGAAACAUGCGUUGAAAGGAAUUGAUGAGACUUACAUUCGUCGAUGGCCCGGCUACAGCUUGUUCACCACCGUACCAAUGAAUCGUACGUGUCGAACAGCCGGAAUCCCAGCUAAUUACUGCGGGUGUUUGAGAGAAAUUGACAAGGGCGUGCCGUUCGACACGAUACGAAACGUCACAGAACAAAGCAUACGUCAGCUAAAUGAGCACGUCCUCACGAAAUUCAUGAAAGCUGAAAAGAAGAAAGCUACGACGACAGCAAAUCCGAUCAGUUUCCCGUGCACCAACUGGACACUCCACGCCAUACAGCACUACAAGGUAGUGAAAACACAGGGCUCGGAGAACACAACUGGAACUGAUGAUAUUGCUUUCUACUUGAUUUCCUUUCUUGCAAAUCCGGAUAAUGUGGGUUUCAAAGUUAUCAUCGAAAACGACGUCACCAACUCGCUUCUUCGACUUGUUGUGGAUUCAAUUCAAAUGACGAAAAACGAAGGAUUGGGUUAUUGUAUCAGAGGAAAGCAUCCGACAUUGGCGAAAUACUGCUGUUGUCGACAAUAAAUAUUUUUGACGGGCUAUAUUUCCGCUAUAACGAGCAUUUCUUUUUUCUCGUUAUUAAAUCACUCUGAAAAUUUUCAUUGAGGAGAAAAAGUAUUCUAAAUAAGAACGAAUUUUUGACUUAUGACUUCCAGUAAGACUCGUAAAAUUUUCUUCGAUCCAUUCUUCAUCAGAUUCGUCUAUUUCCUGCAUUCAUGUAUACUUUCAGGCUUACAG